AUGAUGAUGGACCUCUUCUACAGCUGCUAUCUAUACAGCUCGGACAUGUCCACUGUGCAGAAGCUGCCAGAGCUCGCCUCUCUCUCUCUCGCUCAGCCAUCGCCGCCAUCUCUGUGGAGGAAGCCGCUGACGAUAGCCACAGCCGAGUAUGACGCGUACGGGGAGGAAGGCGACAGCUUUAGGCCGAUGAGCACCCGAAGAUCGAACACUACGUGGCCAAGGAGGUCAGCCAUGAAUGACCACCAUCAUCACGCCCAACGAGGAGGAAUGGAACGAAAACACAAAGGAAGUGUAGCUAGCAAGGAUGCGUUUGCGCUGACGGAGAAGUCGAUCAAGAAUGCUUUGUCACUUUAAUAAUUCGGCUAUUGCUGCUCCGAUUUGACUUUCAUGAGGCGACUGUGCUCAAGAAUUGAUGAGGGCGCCGCCUGGGACACGACCUUCGUGAAACUGUGCUGUGGUAGUGAAGCUGAGAUGUUAUCAGAGGUCUCUCGUCUGACGUUGAGAUCAUCUGCAAGGCAGGCGGGACCAGUCUGUCUUCCGAUCGUGCAAUGAGAAGCAUACUGCAUCGCCGUCUAGGUAAACUCUGAGUUGCAGCAACGCGUGCUGAGCGCCUGAUGGAUGGAAUCCGUGCUCAAGGUGCGAAGGAC